AGGAGCAACUAGGAAAGACUUGGAGGCGGCCAUUGGUGACCAAUUCAUUUCAGUUGCAGAAAUGUAUUAUGGACAUUCUGACCAUGAGCAGUACGGUGCAGGUGGGCAUAUGAGUCAUGCCACAGCUCCCGGAUUCCAUAAUCCUAGCCCAGCACCACCACCACGUUAUACUGCCCCGUAUGUUGUACAGCAUCCCGGCGGCACCAUCCGCUGGUCUUCUGGUCUCUGCCACUGCUGUGAUCAUCCUGAAAACUGUUUGAUCACUUGCGUUUGCCCUUGCAUCACAUUUGGGCAGAUUGCUGAGAUAGUGAGCAAAGGAUCCCCAAAUUGUGCGGUGAGUGGUACGAUCUAUACGGUAUUGUGUUUCAUUGGUUUGCCGUGCUUGUAUUCUUGUGUCUAUCGUUCAAGAUUGAGGGCUCAGUAUGACCUGGAAGAGUCGCCUUGCGUUGAUUGCCUGGUCCACUUCUUUUGUGAGGCCUGUUCACUGUGCCAGGAGUACAGGGAGCUCAAGAGCCGUGGAUUUGACAUGGGGAUAGGUUGGGAAGCCAAUGCUGAUAGACAAAGACGGGGAAUUACAGUACCUCCGGUGAUGGCUCAAGGCAUGAACAGAUGAAAUCAGCCUUAGUGGCAUUGCAGAUUUGUGGAUCAGUGGAUGUUGUCACAUGUUUACUUGGUCUCAAUUUGAUAUUUGGUUGUCGCCAUUGCGCUGCUGUAUGUGUGCUCCUGUGGCUUGUGUUUCCAUCUUCAACUCUGUGGAACAAUAAGCAAGGAAAAUUUGUGGCAUGGCACAAUACUUAUCAUUGGUGUGUUUCUUAAUUUCAACGGUCACUCAAAUUUUGCCUAGCCAUUUCUCUCAUGUUUGCCUUUGGAUGUACUUGCUGUGUUUCUGAUUUGGUGAUUUGAGACUCGAUACUCUGGAUGAUGGAAAUUCUCAAAUUCCUUUAUUUGGUAA